ACCCUGGUGGGAUUAUGGGACCACCUGGACAUCCAGGUCCAAAAGGUGAUAUGGGGCCUCCUGGACCAAGUCUACCUGGAACACCAGGUCCCACUGGUGUUCCUGGAAACCCCGGUCCACGGGGACCAAAGGGAGAAAGAGGACUACCUGGUGUACAGGGAGCACCUGGGGAGAUGGGGCCCCCUGGAAUAGGCAUUCAGGGAUCACCAGGUCCUAUAGGUCCAACUGGAUCAGCAGGUGUGCAGGGCCCUAGGGGACCUCCAGGGUUACCAGGAACUCCAGGUACCCCUGGAAUUAAUGGCACUCCAGGAAGAGAUGGAAAGCCAGGACUACCAGGUCCUCCAGGUGAUCCUGUUGCACUGCCACUUGUGGGAGACAUGGGUGCUAUACUGAAGGGUGAUCCUGGCACAAGAGGUCCUCCAGGCAUCCCUGGUAGAGAAGGGCCAAAGGGAAGCAAAGGUGAACGUGGAUUUCCUGGGCUUGCGGGAGAGAAGGGCGAUGAGGUACAAGUACUUCAUUUCUACAGCAGCUGCAUCCUUGUCUGAACCUGAGUAAAGACCUAGACUGGGAAUGAAAUGCACAG